CUUGGGAAAAAAAGCAAUCGUUUGACAAACGAUUGUGGCAAAGCAUUUAUGACGGGGCCCACAAAUUGGUAAGUUUGAGAAAGUUUUGUUCAAUUCGUAUCAUCAACUCAAUGAAAUACCAGCAUGCUGCAAAAAUGAAGACAACCAUUCAUGCAAUUGGAGCUGCCAAAAUGGCUACUAUCGAUGCCAUCGAUAUGCUUCAAAACACGUAUGACAGCAACAUGGGUGGUCGCAGCAGCAGCAGCGUCAGCAACAUUGCUGAUCCCAGCAGCAGCGGUGGUGGUACUUCAAGCGGCGGCAGCAACAGCGGUAAAGUUAACAUUGGUGGUGGACUCGGCGGCAGCAGCAGCAGCGAUAGUCCAAGCGGCAUCAGCAGUAGCAGCGGUCUUAACGUCGGUGGUCAAGAAAUGUCGUUCAAUAAUCUUGGGAAUGACGAUGAGCUUAAGUUCCAUUUCAUUGCUCAUAAAAAGACCCCACUUAAUGAGGAGGAGACUGAUUUUUUGCUUAAUUAUACGGACAGUUCCUGCAAAGGCAGACUGUUCGAAAUUGCUGCAAAACUUUUAGUUAAAAAAAUCACUGUACGGGAGGAGGCGUUGUUGGCGCUCAGUCUUUCGGGGAUAUACAAUUUGAUCAACCCAUUUACAAAAGUUGUAUUUUCCACUUACCCUCCCUGCUAUCUUGACGACACCACGGUUUCUUCACUUGAACCAAACCCCCCAAUCAUCAUCGAGCAAAUUACGUCAUUUGUAAUUAUUGAUGAUAUGCUGUCGUUUAUCCAAGCCUGACAACGUUACUAAGCAAUGUCACAUCCAAACCUAACAUUGAUGAUAUGCUUGCGUUCAUAUGAACCAAAAAGCUUUUCUGAGUCAGGGAAA